AUGGCACCGGCUGCUGCAUGGAAUAGAGGACCAGUAUGUGGUGUCGAUAACUGUCGAUCCCGACUAUAUCGUCAUAGUGAUGGGUUAACCAUCUGUCAAUUUGGUCAUGUUAUGGAAGGAGGAAUUGAAAUUAAUGAUGAUCAAGAUCAAACUCAAAUUACAACUAGAAGAUUGAAUGUAUUGCAUGUCGAUGAUCGUGGAUCAUUCACUAGUACUAAUAUGUCUCAAUCCCAAAGUUCUUUGGCAAGUUCUAAUGGUAAGGGUAAUCGAUUAUAUGGUAAAGAAGGGAAAAAGUUAUUAUAUCAAUGUUUUCAAAUAUUAUUAAAAAAACAAUUUGAAACUUGUGUGGAAGUAUUUCUUUCUGAAUCUAUAAAAGAAGAUUUAGAACUUGUGAUCAAGACUAAUUGGAUUAAGAUCAUGAAUCAAGAACUUGGAGAUGAAGAUGACGUAUCUCAUAAUUAUAAAGCAAUGUAUCAUUUAGAUUUAAUAGCGUUAAUUUAUUUAUCAAUUUUACAAUUAAGAUUCCAACCAUUAUAUACGAUUGAAAUAAUCGAUAAGAUUAAGACAAAUGAAAUUCCAUAUAUAAAGUGUUUACAUUUGAUUCCUACAUCAUUAUUAACUAAAUUACCUAAUGAGUAUCUUUUAAGAUUACAAGCUUCAUCAUUACCUAUCAAGAAUGAAUUUUAUUAUAGUAUUGAAACCAUGGCUCAUAGGUUAUAUUCUGAACAACUGGAGAAUCCCGUUCAAUCUAUAGAUAUCCCGAUUAAUUAUUAUUAUCCUUAUAUUUUCAAAAUAUUAACUCAAGAUUUAUUAUUACCUAAUGCGAUUGAUUUAUUUAAUACAUAUAUUGUAUUAGUGAAUAAAUUAUAUAAAAAGGAUAAUAUCACGGAACAACAACACAAUGGAAUCAUCCCCUUAACAACUAAAUACAAUAGGGUCAAUCGGUUCUAUCAAAUCAUAAAAUUUCCUGAGAUUAAAUUAAUCAGUAUUUUAAUAUUCUUAAUUAAAUUAAGUUCAAUAACAACCAAACAUACAUCACUAUUCACUUAUCAGAUUAAUUUUAAACAUUGGUAUAACAAUCUUACGAAAUUUGAAUCAAAUAAUGAAUAUAAGAAUUAUGUUGAAACUUCUAAUGUUAAUGAUUUAAUUAAUUGGUCUGAUGAUAAAAUUGAUAAAUAUUGUGAUUGGGUUUAUGAUCAAUUAAUCCCGAAAAAGAAUAAGACCUAUAUAACCGAACAAGAUAAUAAUGGAGAAAAGGAUACUAAUGAAGAAGAAUUAACUAUAAUGGAGAAGAGAUUAUUUCAAAUCUUUAAUAUUGAUAUGACUAGUUCCGGAUCCGAAUCAGAAACGUCAUCACCUGAACCAUCCACAGCGGCUCAAAAACGGAGAAAAAGAAAUGACGGGUCUAACACAAUCGUUACAAUGAAAGAUGUGUUGAGAAGUGGAGUCCCUAGUCAUAUAAAUACUAAUGGUGACAUUAGUAAUCAUCAAAAGAAGAAAUCCAAGUCGGAAGAUAUGAUUGAUUUAAAUAAUAAAUUGGUUAAUAAAUUCACCAUCUUAUUAGGAAUAACUAAUGAAACUUUAACGAAAUCAAUAUUAGAUGCUGAAUCUGAUAUUCAAAAAGCUUUAAUGAAUUAA